UGCUUGACUCAUAAGUAUACUUGGCUGCUUUCUCUGUCUGUAAGUUGAAUCUACGCUAGAACAUUUCCAGCUAAACUUUGGAAGAGGUAUGGGCCUUACGUUUAAACCUUUUAGCUGUAGUACGAAUGACAAACUUUGAGCAAUUUGAUAUGGAUUUUUACCAGUCCAACUACACCACAGACAACCAACAACAAGUUUAUCCAGAGUCUGGAGACACAGGGCAAGUCCAUGGAAGCAAAAAAGGUUGGACAGCUGCCUUGCCAGAAUCGGAUGCCUUGGCUCAUCCAGAAAUGCUUUCAUCCCAACAGUACUCAGGGCAGAUCUUUCAACCAGCACAUGCUUCUGAGUUUCCAUCUAAUAUAACUUAUUCUGAUAACUUUGAUGAAGAACCUCCUUUGUUAGAAGAGUUAGGGAUCAACUUUGAUCACAUUUGGCAAAAAACAUUAACCGUGCUAAAUCCAAUGAAGCCAGCAGAUGGCAGCAUUAUGAAUGAGACAGAUUUAACAGGACCCAUGAUUUUCUGCUUGGCACUAGGAGGAACACUGCUACUGGCAGGAAAAGUUCACUUUGGCUAUGUUUAUGGCAUGAGCGCUAUUGGGUGCAUAGCGAUCCAUGCUUUGCUGAACCUGAUGAGCCUAGCAAGUGUUUCCUAUGGCUGUGUGGCAAGUGUACUAGGUUACUGCCUGCUGCCCAUGGUGAUCCUAUCCUCCUAUGCAAUAUUUUUCUCCCUACAGGGGACUCUAGGAACUUUGCUAGCCCUGAUCAUUAUUGGAUGGUGUAGUCUCUCGGCCUCCAAAAUAUUCAUUUCUGCUUUGGCCAUGGAGGGUCAGCAGUUUCUGGUGGCCUACCCUUGUGCUUUACUCUACGGCCUUUUUGCUCUUAUGACGGUUUUCUGAGCAUCAGCUUUCGACCUGGCCAUGUGUAGCGAACUGCAAAGUCAAAGCCACCACCAGAUGAUCUUUCAAGAAAUGUUCCCAGAGUUUUUAAUUACUUGGCUUGGAAUACAUAUUUGUUUGGUUUGCAACUAUAAAUGUAUGAUAAUUUAAUUUGUAAUUUUAUAAAAUGUAUUUUAAUUUAAAUGAAAUAUCACUUUUCUUCAGACAAUUUGUAACCAGCUCAGAAGGUCCAAUGGUAUUUUAUACAUGGGCGACCAGUCACAGAUCUAUUAAAAUCCAGAAUGUUCUAAGUCAAA